AUGGCGCGGCGGCAACACCUCACGCUGAUGGUGGUGCUGGCUGUCGUAGCAUUCCUCAGCUUGACCUGGUUGAUGUCUGGCAGCCCAACCGAUGCCAACCCUCCAUUUACACCCGCGAGCCCGCCGCUUGAGAAGUCGGGAGACGAUGUGAAGCCUGCCGCGAAGGUGGACUCUACGGAAAAGGGCGACUUCGGAUUGCCCGGCAGCAUCUUGACUGGAGGCGCCAUCGCGCCGAAGCUGGCAAAUGCUACGGCCAAAGCCGAACUCGGCCGAGCCUCCUGGAAGCUGCUCCAUACAAUGAUGGCACGAUUCCCCGAAGAGCCUACCGCAGACGACAGCCUGGCGCUGAAGACCUACAUUCAGCUAUUUGCGCGUCUCUACCCCUGCGGAGAUUGUGCCGCUCACUUCCAGAAGCUCCUCGCCAAAUUCCCGCCGCAGACAUCCAGUCGCAAUGCGGCCGCUGGCUGGGCAUGCUUCGUGCACAACCAGGUCAACGAGAGGCUCAAGAAACCCAUAUUUGACUGCAAUAAGAUUGGCGAUUUCUACGACUGUGGCUGCGGCGAGGAGGGUAAAGAUGGAGAAGGAAAUAAAGAUGUGAAGGAGACGUCGGCGGACGGCGAGCUCAAGGAACGCGAAGGCGAGAAAAGAGAGACCGAGGCGAAUGUCCCUGUCGAGAAGGAAGGACUCACCAGUGGUGGUUGA